ACAAAAUAAAUUAACCUAAUAUUUUAGUAAUUUUUUUCAACAGUGAGCAUCCACACGCAUCCUCACUAGCUAAAAACAACUGUACGGUCUCGAUACCUCCAUUACUGAAAGCACCAACGUCCAAUCCCUUUCCGUUUCAUUCCUACUUUCAAAGCUAGUACUAGUAUACAACUUUUUCUCUCUUGUCUUCACCAAAAACGCUCACCUUUUUCUUUUUUCACACUAAAAAACAUAAAAAACUCAAAUUUCACCGUACACUGUCCCAGCAAAACCUCUCUCUGUUUUUCUCACCGCCACAAAUCUCAUCAAAAAUAAUAAAUUAAAAAACUUUACUCUGUAUCAAACACAUUAAAAUAUUCAGCUUUUUCUGACUUCCUUAUUUGUCCUUGUUAGUUCUUGAAUGGAAAAGUUAAGGUCAUUCAAAUCACUGUCCCCUGUUCAUCAUCUUCAUCGUGCUAAUUCACCUUCUCACCCAAUUGAAGAACGUCAAAAUCUGCUAAAAGAGAUGGGUUCUCCAGCUAUGGAUAAUACAACUGAUGCUAAAGAAUCAGUUGUCAAAACAAACAACACCAGAGAAACUGAGCUCUCUUCUUCUUCUUCUUCUUCCAAAACCCAGCUGAAUAACAAUGCCAGUGUUGAUGAGAAUGCUACGAAUAAAGUAUACAGAGAUUCCAGUUACGAUUUCUCUAACGAUGCUGUAAUGAAACGUAUGAAGGAUAGUAGCAAAGAUUUCGAUUUUAUAACGGAAUCGCCGUUUUCUCAAACGUCGCCGUUAUCUAGGGUUGAAGAGAGUCCUAACCGUGGAGCUCUUACUCCUAGAGAAGUUCGGGUUUCUUUUAAUGAGAACCGGACCGGUAAUGGAUCGGUUCGACGCCGGUCUAAUUUGAGUACUGGACCGGGUUUACAAGAUGAAGUUGUGUUGUGUAGUUCGAGCUCUUCGUUUAAGAGGAAAUCGAAUUUGUUAGCGGGAACUAGAACGAAAUCAAGGUUAUUGGAUCCAAAAGAAGUAGAUGAGAGGUCACAGAAAGUUACUAUGAAAUCUGGGGUCAUAGGAAAGAGCAGUGAAUUUGAUGAUGAUGAUCCUUUUUCGGACGAGGAUUUACCGGAGGAGUAUAAGAAGAUGAAGUUUAGUUUGUUCUCUGUUCUACAAUUGAUGAGUUUGAUAUUGAUAAUUGCGGUUUUUGUAUGCAGUCUUACUAUUAGAAAGUUUAAAGGGAGGAGUAUUUUUGGGCUUGCAUUGUGGAAAUGGGAGUUAAUGGUGUUGGUGUUGAUUUGUGGGAGAUUGGUUUCGGGUUGGGGGAUUAGAUUGGGGGUGUUCUUGAUUGAAAGGAAUUUCGUUUUGAGGAAAAGGGUGUUGUAUUUUGUGUAUGGAUUGAGGAAUUCAGUGCAGAAUUGUAUUUGGUUGAGUUUGGUGUUGAUUGCUUGGCAAUGUAUUUUUGAUAAGAAAGUUGAGAGUAUUACGAAUACGAAGGUGUUAAGGUAUGUGUCAAGGAUUUGGGUGUGUUUAUUGUUGGGAACAUUCAUUUGGCUGCUGAAGACACUGUUGGUGAAGGUUUUAGCUACGUCGUUUCAUGUUACUGCGUUCUUUGAUCGGAUUCAAGAAGCUUUGUUUACGCAGUAUGUGAUUGAGACGUUGUCUGGACCGCCUUUGGUUGAGAUUAGGAUGGAGCAAGAAGAGGAGGAGAGGGUUAUGGCUGAGGUGCAGAAGCUUCAGAGUGCUGGUGCUACAUUGCCUCCUGAUCUUAAGGCUAGUAUAUUUCCAAAGAGACCGAUUGGGACUCCACGGAAGUCUACAGCUGCUGCUACUCCUAGGAGUCCUCCUGUAUUUUCGAGAGCUCCGUCUAGAAAGGAGAAAGAAGAAGAGGGAGGCAUAACCAUUGAUCAUCUACAUAGGCUGAAUCAGAAGAACGUUUCAGCUUGGAAUAUGAAAAGGUUGAUAAAUAUUGUUCGUAAAGGUGUGCUGUCAACUUUGGAUGAGCAGCUUCAGCAGUCAAAUGGUGACGAUGAAGCUGCAGUGGAAAUUACAAGUGAGAAACAGGCAAAAGUUGCUGCUAAGAAGGUUUUUAUUAAUGUGGCGAAGCCUGGCUCAAAGUUCAUCUUUCUGGAGGAUAUAAUGCGUUUUAUGAGAGAAGAUGAAGCUUUGAAAACGAUGCAGCUCUUUGAAGGUGGAACUGAAGCCAAAGGAAUUAGUAAACGCGCUUUGAAAAAUUGGAUGGUGAAUGCAUUUAGAGAGCGGAGAGCUCUUGCUUUAUCUUUGAACGACACAAAGACUGCUGUGAACAAACUGCAUCACAUGUUGAACGUCUUAGUAGGGGUUAUCAUACUAGUCGUCUGGCUUCUUAUACUCAAAGUUGCUACCACACAUUUCCUCGUCUUUAUGAGUUCCCAGGUUCUUCUUGUUGUAUUCAUGUUUGGAAACACGGCCAAGACAACAUUCGAGGCAAUCAUAUUUUUAUUUGUGAUGCACCCAUUUGAUGUAGGCGAUCGUAUUGAAAUCGAUGGAGUCCAUAUGGUUGUAGAAGAGAUGAAUAUAUUGACGACAGUUUUCCUGAGGUUCGAUAACCAGAAGAUCAUAUACCCCAAUAGUGUCUUGUCUACAAAGCCCAUAAGUAACUAUUAUCGCAGUCCAGACAUGGGAGAUGCAAUCGAUUUCUGCAUUCAUAUCUCAACUCCUAUGGACAAAAUUGCAUCCAUGAAAGAGAGAAUAACAAGGUAUAUUGAGAACAAAAGUGAACAUUGGUAUCCAGCUCCGUCAGUUGUAAUGAGAGAUGUUGAAGACUUGAACAGAAUAAAGUGGUCGGUAUGGAUUUCACACACGAUGAAUUUCCAAGACAUGGGAGAGAGAUGGGCAAGGAGAGCUCUUUUAGUUGAGGAAAUGGUAAAGAUAUUCAGAGAGCUAGACAUCGAAUACCGUAUGCUCCCUCUCGAUGUCAACGUUCGUAAUAUGCCACAGUUGACGUCAAGCAGAGUCCCUUCUAACUGGACCGUUUGUGCUUAAUCUAUUAUGAUUGAAGCAGUUUACUCAUCUGAUAUUCACCAGAGACCAUUUUGUUGUUAAUGGAGCAUUAUGAUGAUAAUUGCCUAUGAUUUCAGAUGGUAAAGCAGUUUUGAUCAGUCACAUCACUAGGAAUGGCCAAUAUUUGAAGAGUUUUAUGUACAUAAUAAACUGGUCUCUCUAUUAGUUGAAAAUUUAGUAAGUUGACAGUGACAUUCCAUAAUUAUGUAGUUAUGAAUAUCUUAGUUCCUUUUUAGUA